GCUUCUGCUGUGCCUUCCUAGAGCUACCAGCUCGGGGAAGUCCCGGCUGCUGCGGGACUCCACCGAUACCCUUUCCCUUCCAGGAGCAGCCUGCAGCUGACCUGAGUUCACUGUGGUAAGAGCCCUCUCCUCUCCCCAGCCCUGCAGCAUGUUUGGUGGCGACAGCACGAGCAGAUGAGCCCGUGCUAUUUGCUCUCACUUGCACAGCGCCCAGAGCUCGUGUCUUCUGCUCCUGUCCGGGCCUUGUGCUAAACCUGGAGGGGGAAGGAAGCGCUUGUAAACCAGGGAAAGAAAAGGGGCUGGAGCAUCACUGUUUGUGCUGCUCCUGGCCUUGGAGGCUCCGCGCAUUGCUGGGCAGAGAUCUGACAAGGUCCGAUUUCCUGAUGACUGCAGGAACGCACCUGAUUUGUGGAAAGGACAAGCUGAAGAGAUGCAGCAGCUGAGGGAUGAGGUGACACGUCUGGCUGCAGAAAUCCGCUCUAUAAACAAGGAAGUUCAGCAAAUGAGAGAGGCAAUAUCUGAGCCCGUGGAGGUGCCUGACUGGGCUCUCAAAAGCACAGGGACUGCCAUCGACCUGCAGAGAUCAUCCAGCACCUCUGCAUGGCUCAGAAGGGUGUUUUGGUCCCUGUUUAGCCAACCCUUUGAGGAUACCUUUGUGCAGCCUGAUGCUUCCCCAGGGUACUGCUGGCCUAUGCAACAGACUCAGAGCGAAGUGCUAAUCCGACUGCCCACAGAAAUACAACCAACGGCCAUCACCUUACAGUGCUGCUCAGAGAUAGCCACUCCACUGGUGACUGUCAGUAGCGCACCCAAGGAUUUCACUGUCUCUGGACUGGAUGAGGCAGGCCAUGGUGAAACUCUGCUGGGGUCUUUCCUCUACAGCGUGCAGAAAGGGCCAACUCAGACCUUCCCUCUGCAGAAUGGCAUCCCCAGAGCCUUUCGACUUCUCAAACUCGGCAUACAGAACAACUGGGGUAAACCAACAAACACCUGCCUUUAUCGAGUGCAGGUGCAUGGGAAGAUGGUGGAGACAAAUGUGAUUGGAAAGACUCAUGUGGAGACCUUCCCUCGAUAAGAAUUAAAGAGGAAAAUGGAGGAACA